CUCGGGCCUUCCAACUCAGCCCCACUUUGCCCUUCCGCCUUCCCCCCUCCUCCUCCUGACCUCGGGACACACCUGCCCCCAGCGCUACCAGAACCUCUGCAAACUGGGUUUGCCGGGCGCCAGACUCCUGGGCCACACGCCAAGGCAGCCUGGUGACCUGGCGUGGGCUGAGCCGGCCGUCCCGCAACGAUGACCUACUGGAAGCUGGAGGAGAGGAGCCGCGUGCAGUACCGCAGGCAUUUCCUGGUGGACAACAGCGUGUUUCACGUUGAAAGAUGCAUGAGUGUCAUGCAGUCCGGGACGCAGAUGAUCAAACUGAGGCGUGGGACCAAAGGGCUGGUCCGGCUCUUCUACCUGGACGAGCACCGGACCCGCCUCCGAUGGCGACCCUCCAGGAAGAGCGAGAAGGCAAAAAUUCUCAUCGACUCCAUUUACAAAGUCACGGAGGGCCGGCAGUCGGACAUCUUCCACCGCCAGGCCGAGGGCAGCUUCGACCCCAGCUGCUGCUUCACCAUCUACCAUGGCAACCACCUGGAGUCCCUGGACCUCAUCACCUCCAACCCCGAGGAGGCGCGCACCUGGAUCACCGGCCUCAAGUACCUGAUGGCCGGAAUCAGCGACGAGGACUCCCUGGCCAAGAGGCAACGGACCCAUGACCAGUGGGUGAAGCAGACCUUCGAGGAGGCUGAUAAGAACGGGGACGGGCUCCUGAACAUCGAGGAGAUCCACCAGCUAAUGCACAAGCUCAACGUCAGCCUGCCCCGCAGGAAGGUCCGGCAGAUGUUCCAGGAAGCCGACACAGACGAGAACCAGGGCACGCUGACGUUUGAAGAGUUCUGUGUGUUUUAUAAGAUGAUGUCCUUGAGACGAGACCUCUACCUGUUACUCCUGAGCUACAGUGACAAAAAAGAUCACCUGACUGUGGACCAGCUGGCUCAGUUUUUGAAGGUGGAGCAAAAGGUGAGCAAUGUGACCGUCGACUACUGUCUUGACAUCAUCAAGAAAUUUGAAGUUUCAGAAGAAAAUAAGGCGAAGAAUGUCCUCGGCAUCGAAGGCUUCACCAACUUCAUGCGCAGCCCUGCCUGUGACGUCUUCAACCCCGGGCACCAGGAGGUGUGCCAGGACAUGGACCAGCCGCUCUGCAACUACUACAUCGCGUCCUCGCACAACACCUACCUGACCGGGGACCAGCUCCUCUCGCAGUCCCGCGUCGACAUGUACGCCCGCGUGCUUCAGGAGGGCUGCCGCUGCCUGGAAGUUGACUGCUGGGACGGGCCGGACGGGGAGCCGGUGGUCCACCACGGCUACACGCUCACGUCCAAGAUCCUCUUCCGGGACGUCGUGGAGACCAUCAAUAAACACGCCUUCGUGAAGAACGAGUUCCCGGUGAUCUUAUCCAUCGAGAACCACUGCAGCAUCCAGCAGCAAAGGAAGAUCGCCCAGUACCUGAAGGGGAUCUUCGGGGACAAGCUGGACCUGUCCGGCGUGGACACGGGGGACGGCCGGCAGCUCCCGAGUCCUCAGAGCCUGAGAGGCAAAGUCCUGGUGAAGGGCAAGAAGUUGCCGUACCACUUGGGGGGUGAUGCGGAGGAAGGCGAGGUGUCGGACGAGGACAGCGCGGACGAGAUCGAAGACGAGUGCAAGUUCAAGCUGCACGGCAACAACGGGACCACGGAGCACCAAGUGGAAUCUUUCAUAAGGAAGAAGCUGGAGUCCCUGUUAAAGGAGUCUCAGAUUCGAGACAAAGAAGACCCUGAUAGCUUCACCGUGAGGGCACUGCUGAAGGCCACACACGAGGGCCUGCACGCCCACCUGGGGCAGAACCCCGACGGGAAGGAAAGCGGGAAGAAAUCCCAGGCACGGGUCCUCAUGGCCAGUUUUGGAAAGCACAAGAAAGCCACCAAGUCUCGGUCUAAGUCGUGCAGCACGGAGGAGGAGGAGGAGGAGGCGCAGCAGAGCGCUGCCCGGGAGGCGGGCCAGCUGUGCAGGUGAGAGCACGCUCGCGGUGCUUGUGCGGACCGUGGCCGCCCCCGCCACCCUGGCUGCUCAGUGAAAGAUGGGGUCGCUGUGAGACAGCAAUGGAGGAGGAGAACUCAGC